CAUAGUGUAAUGUUCAAUUUCUGACUUCAAAAUGAGAUUGAAUAUCAAGUGGAAGGUUCUGAUUGGCAUUCUGAUACCAGUAGUGGUGUUGUACUUUCUUUUGACAAGACACACCACAGUUGUAAAGCUGCCAAUCAAGGAUGGCCUGCCUUGCAAUACAACACUAGGUCAGAGCCAUGAGAAAAACCUGGAGAAAAUUCGAACAUAUAUGUUCUCAAAAGCUGAACCAUACCUGAAAUCAUUAUUUGUGGAAGUUGAUGACAACAAGAUGCCAGACGUUCCAGUGUUUGUCACUGCAUUUUCUUCCAGCCAUUUCUCAGAAGGUCAGGACCUCAUAAAGAAUGUAAAUUCUGUUGCUAGGAAACAGUUUCCUUCUGCCAAGUUUUUCAUUUAUGACAUUGGUCUGUCAAGCUCACAUCAGAAACAGAUUCUUUCCGACUGUAAUUGUGAAAUAAAGCCAUUUGAUUUUACCAGUUUGCCGGCUCAUGUCAGCAUAAUGAAAGGUUAUGCAUGGAAGCCUCUUGUCAUACAGUCUGCUGCUAAGCAGCACCCCUUUGUGGUAUGGAUGGAUGCAUCAGUACGUUUUACAACGAGGGACCUUAAAAAUGAGUUCAAAGAUGUUCAGCGAGUAGGGGUCAAGGCCUCUGAAGGUUAUGCUCCUAUAGCUGUAAGAACACAUCCAAACACAUUCAGAUUUUUACAGGAAGAAGCGUGUGCAUUUAAAGAGUUGAAUGAAUUUGAGGCUACAUUUAUUAUGAUAUAUGGAACCAAGUUUGUGUCGGAGUUUUUAUUGAGACCCUGGGUCUCUUGUGCUUUGGCUGAAGGGUGUUUGGUCCCUGACCAUAGUCCGUCAGAAUAUAUCAAUUGUGAUAAUCCAACUGUAUAUUUUGAUUGUCAUAGAUUUGAUCAGUCUGUUCUUAGUAUUUUGUUGCAUAGGAUGUAUAGUAAAGACAUCGAAGAGCAUAAAAUGAAGCAUGAAUUUUAUAAGUUUUGUAAAGGUGCUGAUGAAAUUCCAUUUGUUCCACAGUUUUUGAACAAAAUAUAUUCCCACUAUUAUGAAAAGUGUAUGUGAAGUAUUUGUUUUGGUUAUAUAUGGA